AUGUUUCAUCUCACUCCUCCUCUCCGCCGCUGCAGCCGCCGCCAUUUCUCCUUUCUUGGCUCCAAUUCAACAGCUCCAUGUCCGCGGCAGCCGAGCCAGAGUGGAAAGAGCCCUUUCCCUCCUAAAAUCCGAAAAAAACCCAGACGAAUCCUCUCCAUAUGCACCUCAUUCUUCUCAACAAAACCACCCCCUUCUCUCAUCUCGACCGCUCCAUUCUCUCCGCCGCCAUCACCUCCCUCUCCUCCACCACUCCUCCUCCUCCAUCCGCUCCCUCCUCACCUCCCCCUCCCUCCCCUUCCCCUCCACCUCCCCAUCCUCCUCUUCGGGCCAAGCAACAUGCUCGACGACGCCAUCUCCACGUUCCGGGCCAACAAAAGCAACACUACUCAGUCCCUCAACGCCCUUUUAUUCGCCUGCAUCCUCUCCGACAACCACGGCCUCGUCCCUGAUCUCUUCCGAGAUCUCCCCGCUCGCUAUCGCAUCACCCCUAAUCUCAUAACAUACAACACCCUCCUCAAGUCCCUCUGCCAAAAUGGAUCCUCUUCGUCUGCCUUCUCGGUGUUCGAUGAAAUGUCGAGGAAGGGGGUUAAGCCCAAUCUGACUUCGUUCACUAUAGCUCUUGCUGGUCUUUACCGUGAUCAAAGAUUGGAUCUUGUCGACAGAUUGCUGAACUUGAUGAAGAAGCACAACUGCCAUCCCCGGCUUUCUGUUUACAAUGUUAGGGUUCAAGAAUUGUGUAAGCUUGGGAGAGUUGGGGAGGCUGAGGAGCUCUUAAAGGAGAUGAAGCCGAAUUGGGAGACGUACCAUCAUUUGAUACUUGGGUUUUGUGGUGUGAAUGACUUGGAUGAGGCCAAAAGGGUUUACGGGGAGAUGAGGAGGAGAGGGUUAGUUCCUGAGAGCGGUUGCUAUUUCACUUUGAUUCAUUAUCUUUGCAAAGGCGGGGAUUUUGAGUUUGCGUUGGGAGUGUGCAAAGAGAGUAUGGGGAGGAAUUGGGUGCCGCGCUUUUCGACGAUGAGGAGACUUGUGGAUGGACUUGUGAGUAUUUCCAUGGCCGAUGAGGCUCGGGAGAUAGUUGCCAAGGUGAAGGAGAAGUUCCCCAGCUCUGCUCAUUUGUGGAAGGAGACAGAGUAGACUUUAAUUGGUCUCAGGUGUUUAUGCAUGGCCUUGAGUUGAGGAAUGCCAGCCUUUGUCUAGGGGUGGAAAUGAACCAAAUAAUUAACAAAUGGUUUGCUAA